AUGGCUCUGUCCAAGGGAAAGGCGAAAGAACUGAACGGACUUGUUGAGGAACUGCUGAAGCAUGGCUUUAAAGAAGCAAACACCAUCGACGAGCAGCAAGCACAGCACCGGAACCUGUGCGGCGUACUGGACCGCAUCCGACGGAUCGAACCGAAGCUACGCACCACCAACGGACACACGAGGUUAGAAAACGUGGACAGCUUCACGCAAUGGGCGCUCGCAAACGGUUGCCAAGCGCAAAACGUGCGCAUCGCAGAACACACCGAGUACGGGGGACUCGGGUUGGAAUCGACCGGCUUCAUACCGGACGGUGAGUGUGUCAUCACCGUACCACGGAAGCUGUUCUUUUACGUCACCGGUGAGCCACGGUACCGGAAGCUGCUCGAGCUAAUGCCCGCCGCCAUGAUGAGCGAACCCGGCAACAUGCUGCUUGCGCUCGCCCUUAUCAUGGAGCGCUUUCGGACGAAAAGCUUCUGGAAGCCGUACCUGGACAUUCUGCCCGAUCGGUACACGACACCGUUGUUCUACACGCCGGACGAUAUGGCCGAGCUGGCCGACACGGAGGCGCUUCUGCCGGCGCUUAAGCUCUGCAAGAACAUCGCCCGCCAGUACGGUUUCGUGCGGAAGUUUGUCCAGGACCAGGUCGAAGAUCUGCGGGAUUGCUUCACGUACGACGUUUACCGGUAA